AUGAGUCAGGAAUGUGCUAAUCCCCUGCUACUAGGAUGGAUCAAGGAAUGGCUAGACCAAGCCCGAGACCGAAACAGCAAGGGUGUCACAGUGUACAAAAAGGCAUAUGAGUCUAUGAAGGCAUGCCCUUUGGAGUUUGAACACCCAUCUCAGGCCCAGCAGCUCAGCGGGUUGGGGCCUAAACUAUGCGAUCGCUUGACCGAGAAACUGAAGGCUCAUUGUGAAGAGAACCGUCUUCCCAUGCCACAGGCCCCUAGUUCAGGAAAUAAGAGAACAUCCGACACAGGUGUUGCCGAUCAACCUGCAAAAAAGCCCCGAAAGGCUAAGCCUUAUGUUCCCGCUUUACGGUCUGGAGCCUAUGGCCUCCUACUAGGCUUGGCAACCAUAGGCGAAAAUGCAACACAGGGAAUGACAAAAGUGCAUCUGAUUGAAGUAGCUCAACAAUGGUGCGAUAGUUCUUUCACGGCGCCUACAGAUCCAACCAAAUUCUAUACUGCUUGGAAUUCUAUGAAAACACUCAUCCAAAAAGACCUGGUAUAUGAGCAUGGCCGCCCACUAAGGAAAUAUGCGCUUUCUGAAGAUGGAUGGGAGGUUGCGAAGCGUAUCCAAAAGACACUCCCUGGGGCGGCUCAAAAUACACUAAGUUCCAACGGCGGUGAUUCGCAGACAAAUACUUCACAGAAUACCAACAAUGGUGGCGGCGCUUUCUCGAUCGAGGAUGACGAUGAUCUGGAAAGCCAGGCUUCGCUAAAUACUCAAGGCUUUCAAACUUCCCAUACAGAUGGCCCAACGGAGCCUAUCUCGCUUCCUCCUGGGAGUUUCACAAUCCAGCUUGUCUUAGAUACUCGCGAAGUACGAACAUCGACAGACCGAGACUAUAUUGCAAACGAACUCAUGAAACAAGAUAUCACCCCUCAAGUCCGUGCUAUGGAGCUCGGUGAUGUAAUGUGGGUAGCCAAGUGCCGCGACCCGACAUAUCUCUCUCGCUAUGGUGAAGAAGGUGACGAGGUGAUGCUCGACUGGAUAAUUGAAAGAAAGCGGCUCGAUGACCUGGUCGGCUCGAUUAAGGAUGGGCGUUUCCACGAACAAAAGUUUCGCCUACGUCGCUCUGGCAUUAAAAAUGUUAUCUAUCUCAUUGAAGAGUUCACAGUGGCACACACCGAUGCAGCUGGAGGCGCCCAGAAAUACCAAGAAAUGGUCGCCUCAGCUAUUGCUUCGACGCAGGUGGUCAAUGGAUUUUUCAUAAAGAAAACCCGCAAUCUGGACGACUCCAUCCGUUAUCUCGCUCGCAUGACGCUGCUUCUCCGGAAGAUGUAUGGAGCAUAUGAACCAGGUUCCAGCCAGCCUGAAAGUGCUUCACCGUCAUCAAGAGUUUCAUUUGUUCCCACUCGCUCCAUUUCCUCCACGCAAUCAUAUUUGGAGACCCUGAAUAAUCUCCGUACACAGGAACCCACCGUGACUUACGGGGUAACAUUUUCCACAUUUUCAGCCCUGUGCUCGAAAUCCGAUGUGCUUGCCCUUCGAGAUGUCUUUUUAAAGAUGCUCAUGUGCACACGUGGUGUGACUGGUGAAAAGGCUAUUGAGAUACAACGGCUUUGGCAAACCCCUCAGCAGCUUAUUCAAGCUUAUAUGGCUCUGGACCCUAAAGAGCGUGAAGCAAUGAUAUCAAACAGAUUACAGUCUCUAGUUGGCAGGAAGAAGAUUGUGAAAGCUGUCAGUAAACGCAUUUCAGAGAUAUGGGGCGAAGGAUCGUGA